AUGUCUGACAAGCCAAAUCUCGAGGAGGUUGCCAGCUUCGACAAGACCAAGCUGAAAAAGACCGAGACACAGGAGAAGAAUCCGCUGCCGACUAAAGAAACCAUUGAACAGGAGAAGCAGGCAUCGUGA